AGCCUCGCACUGACGCGGGCCCGCGCGUGAGUCAAGCCUGCGUCACGGCGCCCCGCCGCCAGGGUGGCCUUUCGGAAAGCGAGGGAACAGUACGCGCUGCGCUCCUCCCAGCUCCGUUCCGCUCCGCAGAGCCGGCGCAGCCAGAGCUCAGGGAGGGUGACACUCGGCCCCGGCGCCAGCAGCCCCCACGCGCUCCCUUCGCCUCGGAAACUGGUCCCUGGGCUGCUCCCCCUAGGCCUGAGCGCGCGCGGCGGGCGGGAGACGGGCCAGGACCGGUGGCAAGGGAGGGAGUGAGGAGUGAGCAGAGUCGCGUGCGCGGGUGCGCAGCUCCGGCUCCCCUCCCAGCCCCUGCCAGGGCCCGUCGCCGCCACCCUCGGGCUCCUCGUGGGAAAGGCUGUGUGCCCGCGACCCGAGGGCGACUGCAGCUGCCCCGUCGGAGUGCAGCGGACAAGUCCGGGGGACGAACCACGCGGGACAGGUCUCUGGCUGAGAAGGAGCUGACAACAGCCCAGUCUCACCUUGUCUGUGUGCUGGGGAGCCAGGCUGCGCGGCCCAGGUGGCACCAAUGCCGAAGAACAGCAAGGUGACCCAGCGUGAGCACAGCAGUGAGCAUGUCACGGAGUCGGUGGCCGACCUGCUGGCCCUCGAGGAGCCUGUGGACUACAAGCAGAGCGUCCUGAAUGUGGCCGGCGAGGCAGGCGGCAAGCAGAAGGCGGUGGAGGAGGAGCUGGACGCGGAGGACCGGCCAGCCUGGAACAGCAAGCUGCAGUACAUCCUGGCCCAGAUCGGCUUCUCUGUGGGCCUCGGCAACAUCUGGAGGUUCCCCUACCUGUGCCAGAAAAAUGGAGGAGGUGCCUACCUGGUGCCCUACCUGGUGCUGCUGACCAUCAUCGGGGUCCCCCUCUUCUUCCUGGAGCUGGCCGUGGGCCAGAGGAUCCGCCGCGGCAGCAUCGGCGUGUGGCACUACGUGUGCCCCCGCCUGGGGGGCAUCGGCUUCUCCAGCUGCAUAGUCUGCCUCUUCGUUGGGCUGUAUUAUAAUGUGAUCAUCGGGUGGAGCAUCUUCUACUUCUUCAAGUCCUUCCAGUACCCACUGCCCUGGAGUGAAUGUCCUGUCAUCAGGAACGGGACCAUGGCAGUGGUGGAGGCAGAGUGUGAAAAGAGCUCAGCCACUACCUACUUCUGGUACCGAGAGGCCUUGGACAUCUCCAACUCCAUCUCGGAGAGUGGGGGCCUCAACUGGAAGAUGACCCUCUGCCUCCUUGUGGCCUGGAGCAUCGUGGGCAUGGCUGUCGUCAAGGGCAUCCAGUCCUCGGGGAAGGUGAUGUAUUUCAGCUCCCUCUUCCCCUACGUGGUGCUGGCCUGCUUCCUGGUCCGGGGGCUGCUGCUGCGAGGAGCCAUCGAUGGCAUCCUACACAUGUUCACUCCCAAGCUGGACAAGAUGCUGGACCCCCAGGUGUGGCGGGAGGCAGCCACACAGGUCUUCUUUGCCCUGGGGCUGGGCUUCGGGGGUGUCAUCGCCUUCUCCAGCUACAACAAGCAGGACAACAACUGCCACUUCGAUGCCGCCCUGGUGUCCUUCAUCAACUUCUUCACCUCGGUGCUGGCCACCCUCGUGGUGUUCGCUGUGCUGGGCUUCAAGGCCAACAUCAUGAAUGAGAAGUGUGUGGUCGAGAAUGCCGAGAAAAUCCUGGGGUACCUCAACUCCAACGUGCUGAGCCGGGCCCUCAUCCCUCCUCACGUCAACUUCUCCCACCUGACCACCAAGGACUACUCGGAGAUGUACAAGGUCAUCAAGACCGUGAAAGAGGACCAUUUCUCAGCCCUCGGCCUCGAUCCCUGCCUUCUGGAGGACGAGCUGGACAAGUCUGUGCAGGGCACAGGCCUGGCCUUCAUCGCCUUCACCGAGGCCAUGACACACUUCCCUGCCUCCCCGUUCUGGUCCGUCAUGUUCUUCCUGAUGCUCAUCAACCUGGGCCUGGGCAGUAUGAUCGGGACCAUGGCGGGCAUCACCACGCCCAUCAUCGACACCUUCAAGGUGCCCAAGGAGAUGUUCACAGUGGGCUGCUGUGUCUUUGCAUUCUUCGUGGGGCUCUUGUUCGUCCAGCGCUCCGGAAACUACUUUGUCACUAUGUUUGAUGACUACUCGGCCACCCUGCCACUCACCGUCAUCGUCAUCCUUGAGAACGUCGCCGUGGCCUGGAUCUAUGGAACCAAGAAGUUCAUGCAGGAGCUGACGGAGAUGCUGGGCUUCCGGCCCUACCGCUUCUAUUUCUACAUGUGGAAGUUCGUGUCUCCGUUGUGCAUGGCUGUGCUCACCACGGCCAGCAUCAUCCAGCUGGGGGUCACACCCCCGGGCUACAGCGCCUGGAUCAAGGAGGAGGCUGCCGAGCGCUACCUGUAUUUCCCGAACUGGGCCAUGGCGCUCCUGAUCACCCUUAUCGUCGUGGCCACGCUGCCCAUCCCUGUGGUGUUCGUCCUGCGGCACUUUCACCUGCUCUCUGACGGCUCCAACACCCUCUCCGUGUCCUACAAGAAGGGCCGCAUGAUGAAGGACAUCUCCAACCUGGAGGAGAAUGACGAGACCCGCUUCAUCCUCAGCAAGGUGCCCAGCGAGGCGCCCUCCCCCAUGCCCACUCACCGCUCCUACCUGGGGCCCGGCAGCACGUCACCCCUCGAGAACAGCGGCAACCCCAAUGGACGCUAUGGAAGUGGCUACCUCCUGGCCGGCACCCCCGAGUCAGAGCUGUGACCGCUGCCCCCACCCCGCCUGCCUCUGCCCCACACCCGACCAGCCCACUUGUCCCAGCCUGGCCUCUGCCCCUAGGCCAGGCCCUCUGCCCAGCUGACUUCUGCUCCCAAAACCUGUGUGGGGGCCGGGAGAAGCUCUGUCCCCCAGUCCAGGUCCCCAAGCUAUGUAACCCUCUGAGACCCUUUCACCAAAUUGUGACCGAAUAACUGGAACAAUCCAGAAGUCCUGAUUCUCAGCACAGGGGAGACUCCGAGUGGCCACUUUAGGGGUCACUCCACCCUCUCUCUGUCCCUGUAACCUGCCACCUGCAGUUCUGAGGUCUUGGGGUCCCUCUGUGCUGCCAGGUGGUGGUGAGAGGGACCAGAGCGAGGGUGUGAGGGGGUGCCUUAUUCGAGGCUGGGGUAGGACAUGUGCCAGGAUGCAGGGCUCACCUUGGGAUGGGGUUCUGCCUUGUGAGGUGGAUGGAGCCCUCUGGCUUGAGCAGUGGGAGUCAGGGGGGCUCCUCUGCCCCUGGCUCCAGGUAGCUUCUCCGAUGUCCUUGCCCUGCCUAGGGUGAGUGAGGCGUGCUCAUGCACCUGCCUGGGCCUGAAGCCCUCCCUGCUCCGUCAGGCGUUAGCUGUUUCCCUGCCCUCUCCUCCCACUCUGCCCUCCGCGAUCCUGGAGCCCAGAGUGGUGGCUCUGCCUCUUCCCUCAAGAGAGAAGAGGAGAGUGCACAGAGAGGUUUCCAGAGCACACCUGAUGGUUCACAGCACAAUUCAGAGGUUUGGAGCACAAUUGUGAAGCACACUCCCUCUCCUCUCACCUGGGGCCCCCCUUUCUUGCUAGUGGCAGCUUCUCCCCUGGAAUAGAGGCCCUGGAGUUCAGGGGCUCACACCCGGGAGGCCUCGCACCUGGGGAAAGACAGAUAAUUUCACUGCCCCUUUGGGCCGCCACUCACUCUCCUAGUAUAAGCAUAGCCACCCGGUGUGUAUGUCACGUGCAGACACCUCGGAAACCUUUCCCAAGCCACCUGGCCCAUGGUGGGGAGGGCCACAGGCAGUGCUGUGGACACUGGAGGCUGCCAAGGGGAAGGGCCGGGCCUCUGUCCUGGGGCUCAGCCCCCACAGCAUCCCCACCCACCCUCACCUUUGGGCCUCCCCAAGAAGAGGGAGGCCCUCGGAGUGCAGGCUGGGAGCAUUAGAAUCUGGCUGGAGAGUAAAUGUCUGCAGAGAGAUGGAUGAGCCAAUGGGAGGAUGGAUGGCUGGCUGGAUGGAUGGAUAGAAAGAAAGCUGGGACAGCAAAUCUCCAUCUUUGAGAGCUGUGGGGAGCAGGGCAGGAGCAGGCCACGGUGCUGGGCCGGGGCACCCUCGCAGUGUCCUGACUCCUCUUGUGGCUCCCAGUGCUCUGAGCCCUGAGAGGGACAGACUAGGCCCAGGGUUCGCUCCUUCGCCCCUUAGUCCUUUGGUCCCUCCCCCACCUCUUCUCCCAUUUCCAGCCCUCUCAGCCCCACCUGUCCUUCCUGAGUGUGUGAGGGGAGAGGGAAGCCCACCCACAACAGCCCGCCUCAGGCCCCUCACCUGACAACGCCUCCCAGCUGGCCCCAUGCCUAAUCCCAAGCAGAAUUAGCAACAGGAAAAGCAAGGCCCCGGGAGAGACACUCUAUAUAUACUCUUCUAUAAAUUCUAUUUCUAUUGUAUAUUCAAUCUGUACAUGUGGGUGUAAAUGCUGUUAAAUGACAAACCCAAUAUUAUACUGUGGCUGGUGGACUAUUUUCAUCCUCAGUGCUGUACAGAUCUAUUUUCAUUGUAUAUUUGAUAUAUUUUUAAUUUUGUAGCGUGUGGCUGGGCCAGGCCCCAGCCUGCCAGCCUGUGACGGGGGCUGAGCUGGGGCCGUCUGCUUGGUCCUCAUGGGCUCGCUCGUGCUUGUAGCCUUUGCGGUGAGUCGGGCCCUGUCCUGGCUGUGUCUCUGCUGUUAGACAUAGGGCCCAGAGCUUGGUGUGCGUGUGUGUAUGUGUGCAUGUGUGUGUGUGCGUGUGCUGUGUGCACGUGUGGGUGUGGGUGUGUGUAGGUGAUUUGUGCUUCCCAGUGUUCACCCCAUUCUUGAAGACCACGCUGCCCUCGCCCCACCACCGCCUCCUCUCUGUGUGUCAGGUGAGGCCUCAGGACAGGUCCUCUGAGAAGCUGCCUGCUGUGGGAAAGUCACGUGUUUCUUGCUGGUGACUCAUUGCCUUCACACCACUGGGUUUGCCAGAAACAGAGAAGGAAGGUCCUUGGAGGGAAGAAGCCCUCAAAUUUAUUUUCCAGCCAACCUCUUGCUGUUCCCACUGGUGUCAUAAGCUCUUCAUCGGGAAGAAAAGUCCUGGAUUUCUUAAGAUGGCGAGAGCCCCAAGAGGGCAUCUCACAGAUCUCUGUCCUGAGUUUGUCCUUGAGGCAGUCCUGACUGUUCAGAAAGGAACAGCUGCCCCUCCCCUGGGCUUCCGGCACACACCUCUGCUCACUCCUCAGGGGAGCCGGGAGUAAGGGGUGGGCGGCAAGGCCAGUGGGGUCAAGAGCAGAUGGGGCAUCUGACAGGUAAGAUUCAGCCCCAGACUGCCUGGAGGAGCAGGAGGUGGCUGGGGAGGGGCAGGCCCCCACAUCCCUGCCCAGGGUGCCCACCCCACUGGCUUUGGUGCUGUCUAUGCAGUGCCCACAGGAAAUAGAGCAGACUCCAGGGCAGGGCAGGGCGUGCCUGAAAGAGGGCCCUGCCCUGCCUGCCUUCCAGGCCCCAUCACCAGCUUCUUGCUCAGGGAGCCCUCUUCACUGAGGCAGUGUGAAGCCUGAGGCCCAGAUCGGGGUGGACAGGCGGAGCAUACAAGUUGAUGCCUGCGAGGUUGGUUUUUGCUCUCCAGCAAUAAAUCUGAGGGACCACUGUGUUCCUUGUGCCGGGAGAAGCCCCCUGAGUCAGCCCAUCAUAGGCCAUGAGGCUGGGAGCCAGAAGCUGCGUGGUCCCAGACCCUGAGCAAGCCUGCAGUAUUACGGGCAGGGGCCUGCCCUUCUGCCCAUCCUCAUAACCCACCGGAGUAACUCCCCACUGUGGAAAAGAGAAGAGACUGAACAGGUGGGAAUGCUCCUGACUCCCUGAGCAUCCACUAGGCCCUGAAACUGGGGGCCUGCUGACUGGGGUGGGGUGGGGGCCCAGGGUAUCUUCCCAUCCCGAGCUCGGCUUUGUACAGAUCCAAGCACACACGGCAGGCAUCACUUUAGGUUCCAGCACAAGGUUGGAACAAUACAAGUUUGUAUGGCCCAUGGCUGGUAAGAGCCCUGGGUCAAGACCACUCGGCCCAGGGGAGAGGAUGGGGCCUUGUCACCCCCGGAGCCCUCCUUCCUCUCUACCCACUGCCCCCCCAUGGUGUACAAUAAAGUGUCUGUUCUUACCAAG